GAUGGCAGGGGCAGGCGGCAGCAUGGCGGCUGAUGAAUCGGACCCGCUGCGGCUCUUCGUGAGCAUCGGGCUGAGCGAGAGCAAGGCUCGCGAGACCCUUCGGAACGAGGCGCUCACCGCGUUGCUCCGCGAGGCAGUCGUACAGGCACAAAGAAUCCUGGGUCCAGUGAUUGACAAGACAGUCGGCACCCUGUUGUACAAUGUGGCUUCCCGGCUUAAGGACUCAAAGCGUCUUGGUGACCUUGUUGAGUACAUUGCUACCAAAAAGAUCAUCACGGAUCUGCAGCUCAAUGCUGCUCUGGAAUAUCUUAAAAAUCACCCUGUGGAUCCCAUUAAUACAGCAGACUUCGACAGAGAAUGUGGCAUUGGCGUGGUCGUUACACCGGAACAGAUUGAAGAGGCAGUGAGGCCCGGAGCAAGUUGAAAUGGGCAGAUGGCAAAAUAAUUAAAAACGAAGUGGACCUACAGGUUCUAAACUUAUUAGGCCCAAAGACAGAAGCUGACCUGGAAAAGAAAUCCAAGACCCCGAAGGCCCGUAAUACUGAGCCAGAGCAGGGGAAAUCAAUGGUGGUGGAAAAUGGGGAACCACACCAAGAGACAAAAUCGCUCCUGGAGCAGCUGAGAGGGGAAGCACUCAAAUUCCACAAGCCAGGUGAGAACUAUAAAACUGAAGGCUACAUCGUUACACCUAAUACCAUGAAUCUAUUGAAGAAGCAUUUAGAGAUCACAGGUGGACAGGUCCGUACACGAUUCCCUCCUGAACCCAAUGGCAUUCUGCACAUCGGUCACGCCAAGGCUAUCAAUUUCAAUUUUGGCUUUGCCAAGGCAAACGGUGGAAUUUGCUUCCUGCGUUAUGACGACACAAACCCUGAAAAAGAAGAGGAGAAGUAUUUUACGGGCAUCCUAGACAUAGUGGAGUGGCUAGGAUACACUCCGUAUGCAGUGACGCAUGCCUCUGACUAUUUUGAUGAGUUGUAUGCCUUGGCAGUGGAUCUCGUUAGAAGAGGCCAUGCUUAUGUUUGCCACCAGAAGGUGGAAGAAAUCAAAGGACACAAUCCACCCCCUUCUCCAUGGCGAGACCGGCCGAUUGAAGAGUCUCUCCUUCUUUUUGAGGACAUGCGCAAAGGAAAGUUUGGAGAGGGAGAGGCCACGUUGCGCAUGAAGAUGGUGAUGGAGGAUGGGAAAAUGGACCCUGUUGCUUAUCGCAUUAAAUAUACACCACACCACCGCAGUGGUGACAAAUGGUGCAUUUAUCCUACCUAUGACUAUACGCAUUGCCUUUGUGACUCACUGGAGAACAUUACUCACUCACUCUGCACCAAAGAGUUUCAAGCCAGACGUUCUUCCUAUUUCUGGCUCUGCAAUGCCUUGGAUGUGUACUGCCCAGUGCAGUGGGAAUACGGACGCCUCAAUCUCGUUUACACGGUGGUCUCGAAACGUAAAAUCAUCCGCCUGGUUGAGGCAGGGGCUGUCAGGGACUGGGAUGACCCAAGACUUUUUACUUUGACUGCUCUUCACCGCCGAGGCUUUCCACCGGAGGCGAUCAACAACUUCUGUGCAAAGGUGGGUGUAACGGUUGCCCAGUGCACCACGGAGCCUCAUAUGCUGGAAGCUUGUGUACGGGAAGUGCUGAACGAACAGGCGCCUCGUGUCAUGGCUGUCCUGGAACCACUACGAGUGACCAUCACUAAUUUUCCAGCACCACACAAAAACAUAAUCAUCCGUGUGCCCAAUUUCCCUGCUGACGAGACCAAAGGCUUCCAUGAAGUCCCCUUCCAGCCAACCCUCUACAUUGAGCAAAGUGACUUCCGAGAGGUUCCAGAUAAAGGCUACAAGCGGUUAGCACUGGGCCAGCCAGUGGGUUUGAGGCACACUGGCUACGUCAUUGCUGUUCAGAAUAUCAUUAAGGAUACCAAUGGACAGGUCAAAGAGGUAGAAGUGACUUGCACGAAGUCAGAAGCAGCAGAGAAGCCCAAGGCCUUUAUCCACUGGGUGUCAGAUCCUCUUGUGUGUGAGGUUCGCCAGUAUGAGCAGCUGUUCCUGCAUAAGAAUCCAGAAGACUCCACAGAAGUGCCAGGAGGGUUCCUGAGUGACAUCAAUCCUGACUCCCUUCAUGUGAUUGAAGAGGCUCUGGUGGAUCGAUCUGUAUAUGGAGCCAAGCCGUUCACCAAAUUCCAAUUUGAGCGGCUGGGGUACUUUUCACUAGAUCCUGACAGCACAAAUGCAAAGCUGGUGUUCAAUCGGACAGUGACCUUGAAAGAGGAUCCAGGGAAAGCAUGAUGGCGUUUCCCUAACAAUAUCUCAACAUAGACAAAAUUGCUCGGAUGUUAUUUCUCCCUCUUUCUGUGGAGGGAGAGGGGGGCAUACAGCCCAAGCCCAGUUUUCUACUAUAAUGCUACUGUUGCCUUAAUGCAUACCCUGAAUACACAAUCGAUUGCACCAAUAAUCAUCAUAAUAAAAAUAAGCUUGGAGAAAUUCUGUGUGGAUGAUGAUGAUGAUGGGAUGGGAGAUUGUGGGUGCAAUGGGAUAGCAGUCAAGAUCAUUCAGACAGCCUUUGAUGUUCACCUUUGCAUGAUCAACUUUCCCAUGGCAGAAAUAAAAAAAGAGCAUUUACACUAUACAGGGGUCUGGCAAAAAGGAGUUUGUUCACUCACCUCUUGCAAAGCCGCCAGCCAGUUUUAACACUGAGUUUGAGUAAGCCCAUUCUCACAUUUUCUAAUAAUCUAUUUUACAUGUUUUUAUUAAAAAUAGUUUUCCUAUAGUAUGAUGUGAUAUAUUAUUCUCUUUCUUUCCAUACUCUUAUCUUCUCUCUCUGUCCACUUUCUCACCAUACAGGACCAACUACUUAAAUUCAAGAAUUAGAAACUGUGGGAAUAUUGGAAAUUAUAUCAUUAAAAUGUAGGGGGGAAAUUCCACAUUUUAAAAGGAUCUUUAGAAACAGCAAUGGACAGCAGCACCCAUUCAUCCAUUUCUUUCUUCAAUGUCUUCUUAAAGUUUUUAAUAUAGAAUAGAAUAGAACAG